AAUAAAAAUGGUGACAUAUCCCCGCCCACACAGAUGAAGAUAGAAGAUAAGCACACACAGUGACACGCUUGCCAUAAAAAAAGGUAAAAGACUUAGAAGAGAGUGAGCAAGAACCUAGACGCAAUUUCAUUCUUCUUCAGCAGCAAAACGUACGACCCUCCCAACAACCCUUCUCUUCUCCCAUGGCUUCCUUUCCUCUCCUCUUCUCCUUUCUCUUCCUGUCCCUCGUUCAUGCUCAAUCUUCACUUUCUUUCCACAUCCCAGUCACCAAGGACGGUUCAACCCUCCAAUACUUGACCACCCUCUCUUACGGAACCCCUCUUGUACCCACCAAACUCGUGCUUGAUCUGGGAGGCCCUUUUCUCUGGCUUCAUUGUGCAUCGAGAAACACCCCUUCAUCUUCCACUCUCACUACUCCUCACCGUUCAAUUCAGUGCCUCACUGCAAAAACCCACAAACCCGAUGACUCAUCCUCCUCCUCUUCGUUUCUCUCUAGCCCCGUGGACGAGGACCAGUACCAACCAUGCCAAGUUCUCCCAGAAAACAGCAUCACAGGCACAGUGGCCACAGAAGGAGAGCUUGUAGAAGACCUCAUGGCAGUACAAUCAUCUCACUUAGAAAUCAUUCACCAAGUUAGCUUCACCUGUUCCCCCACCAGCAUGCUCUUAAACGGCUUAGCAAAGGGUGCUAGAGGCAUGGUUGGUCUUGGUAGGUCUCGCAGUUCCCUUCCCUCUCAGGUUUUCGAUUCCUUCAGCACACACAGGAAAAUCACUCUCUGCCUCUCAUCAUCAAAAGGGGUUGUCCUCUUCGGCGACAUGGCCUAUUACGAGUCUUCUCCAGCCGUAACUGAGAGUCUUAAGUCUCUUACAUUCACACCCCUUGUUACCAAUUUCCCAUCUCAGGAAUACUUCAUCAACGUUAAUUCAAUCAAAAUCAACGGCAAGAGGUUGUCGUUGGACACGUCAUCACAGUCCCUCGAGCAAGAGAACAGUGGUGGGGCUCUUACUUUGUUGAGCUCAAUUGUACCCUACACCACCAUGCAGAGCUCGAUCUAUGCUACUUUCAAGGCAACUUUUUUGGACGCUGCUGUGGCUUUGAACAUGACCAUAGUGGCUUCCGUGGCACCCUUUGAGCUUUGCUUUGAGGGCUCGCACGUGGGGGCAAGUGUGCCGGCGAUUGAGCUGGUGCUGCAGAGUGAGAUGGUGAAGUGGAGCAUACAUGGGAGAAACUCCAUGGUUAGGGUAAGCAGCGAGGUUGUGUGUUUGGGGUUCUUGGAUGGAGGUGUCAACCCAAGAAAUCCCAUCAUCAUUGGGGGGUAUCAAUUGGAGGAAGUAAUAGUACAGUUUGAUUUAGCUACUUCCAUGGUGGGGUUUAGUUCUUCCCUUUACACUAAGAACACUGGCUGUUCCCAUUUUAGAUUCGGUUCCAUGCUUGCAGACUCAGUUUGACUAUUCGUUAUAACUUCGAUUAUAGUACUGAUUAUUAAAUUUUCUUCUUCAAACUAUGUUUCUGAACUUUCUCAAUUUUGUACGAGCUUGAUUUUUGUGAAGCUUUUUUUGUUUAUUUUUUUGGGGGGGGGGGUUUACUAUUUAGCUGUACUAAUCGAGGCUGAUGAGAUAUUAUGAUCUUGUAUUUUGAUGGGACUUCUGCGUCAAUUUGAGUUUUAUGAUAUUGGAAUACUAGUCGACUUUCAAGAUGCUCGAUUGAAUUGCGAAACCUGAAAAAUAUCACUGAAAGAUUCGUUUCCUUUCCUCCCUCUGUUUGAUAAGAAGUGCAUCCCACUGGGGAAUUUGGACAGUGCCGAAGGAAUAAUCCUUUAUGUACUGCAAAAGAAAAGGGUAUGCUCACAUAAUUUGUUAUGUAUUUCUUUUUUUCGUUUAUUACAUCAAGAUCUU